GCUACGUUCGUGUUCUAUGGCUACAUGAAAUAACAGUUCACAACAGUUACCCAGAUUUACCGAGCAAAAGAUGAUGGUUGUUCUUCCCUCUUGUGCUACGCAAACGUUCAGGUCGGACUCACCAUUUAAUGAGUCGUUGAUCCAGUCAUGAUGUCACCAGUGCGCUGUGUUCAUCCUGCAACGAAAGCCGCUACAUAUACUUGCAGACGGCCGCACAUAAUUGCGAUAAACCGCUGCUCCAGACGAGUCAUCCGGCAGCAAGACCAAAUUCUUGUUUCUCGUUUUCACUAACAAGGAUUUAUACGCCAUGGCCCACGCAGCGCAUCACCUGCACAAACGGUUCGAGCCCAAGCCCGAUGUGCAAGCACUAACAGGCGACGCAAAGCGCGAGGUGGACUUCGAGCCGCAUCCGGAGAGGUCGCUGGAUAUAUCGGCCGGGCAAAGGCAGAUCAUGCAGAAGAUCAUAAAUCUGUACUCUGGCAGUGCCUCAGAGGAGGAUAUGCAAGUGUACGACAAAGAUGCAAUCCACGACGAUCCAUUCUCAUACUGUGACACGCGGCUCAAGAUUGCUGGCAAGCUGCGCAGUCUAAAGACAGAGGUGGUCAAGGAUACACCGUCUGAGAUUAUUAUGGAGCAGCGACAUGAAUACACACUGAAACUUCUGGGUACGCCAAAGGCGGUCGUCAGUCUUAUAUCGCUGGGACUGGAUAACCAAGGGAACGUGCGGUACCACAAGGAUAUGUGGAACGAGAGGAACUAUAACCAUGAAGGCCUUGGGGAAUUUUUUUAA